AUUAUUCAUUCAUUCAUUAUGUUUUUAUUCUUCUACUACUCCGUGGUGGCGUCAAGUUACGCAAGGCGACGUGAAUCCCUCUUACUCCCACCGCUGCUGCGUAAACAGCGUAAAAAAAAGAAGAAGCCCACACUCGUCAUUUGUUUCCAGUGAUGCACGAUCCCGUGGUUUUCUCCCAACGAGCCAUGUCUUCUUCUUCUUCAUCAUCCUCCUCCUCCUCUUGUUCUUCUUCCAUCCACCAUCCUUCCUGCUGCGUCGCAUGAACCCACGGCUCCACCGACCCUUCCCAGCUGAACGGGGCCGCUCGCCCGCUCUCUCACUCCGCCGUCGGUCCGGUGUUUGUCCGGCCCCCUCCACCGCAGCCGCCCGGCAGCUGAGCCCUUUGCUCCUGAACGCGGCUUCUACCAUGACCUCCUCCUCAUCUUUCUCCUCUUCCUCCUCCUGCGAUUCAGCCGGGAUCCGCUAAAUGGGAUUCGUGGCCGGUCCGAGGUUUCCACAGCAAUUGGCCGCCCGCUUCCAUUGCGCUCCGUCUCAUGAGCGCAGCCGCACCGAUCUAACCCGGUUCCUCGCUGCGCGUCUCCGGUGCUCGGGCUGAACCUCCGGACGCGUCCAAGGUCUGCACAUGGGGGCGGGCAAGAGCAAGCCCAAGGAGCCGGGCCAGCGCUCCAUGAGCCUGGACGGCACCAUCGGCACAGGCUCAGACAGCGGGCGCUUCCACCACCUGGGCCCCUCCCAGCAGACGCAGACCCCCAACAGGAGCCCUGCGGUCGGCACGGGGAGGCGGGGGCAUCCAGGGCAGCACCACCACGCGCCGACGAACACUCCUGAGCUGGCUCUUUUCGGAGGAGUGGACCACACGGGCACCAUCACCUCGCCCCACAGGGGACCUCUGGCAGGAGGUGUGACUACAUUUGUGGCGCUGUAUGACUAUGAGUCACGGACAGCGUCUGAUCUGACCUUUAGGAAAGGCGACAGGCUGCAGAUUGUCAACAACACGAAAAAGUACAGCUUCAGAGAAGGGGACUGGUGGCUCGCUCGCUCCCUGACGACGGGCGAGAGCGGUUAUAUCCCCAGCAACUACGUGGCCCCGUCCGACUCCAUCCAAGCAGAAGAGUGGUACUUUGGGAAGAUCACUCGUCGGGAUUCAGAGCGGCUCCUUCUGAACCUGCAGAACAGACGAGGAACCUUCCUGGUGAGGGAGAGCGAGACCACUAAAGGGGCCUACUGCCUGUCAGUGCUGGACUAUGACAACACCAAAGGCCUGAAUGUUAAACAUUACAAGAUCAGGAAACUGGACAGCGGCGGUUUCUACAUCACCUCCCGCACCCAGUUCACCAGCCUACAGCAACUAGUCUUCCACUACCGCAAGCACUCCGAUGGGCUGUGCCACGCUCUCUCAGACGUGUGUCCAGUGGCCAAACCUCAGACCCAGGGGCUGGCCAGGGACGCCUGGGAGAUCCCCCGCGAGUCGCUGCGCCUCGACCUGAAACUGGGACAGGGCUGCUUUGGAGAAGUCUGGAUGGGUACGUGGAACGGUACGACGCGAGUAGCCAUCAAGACCCUGAAGCCCGGCACCAUGUCCCCGGAGGCCUUUCUGCAGGAAGCACAGGUCAUGAAGAAGCUGCGGCACGAGAAGCUGGUCCAGCUGUACGCCGUGGUGUCCGAGGAGCCCAUCUACAUCGUGACAGAGUACAUGAGCCAUGGGAGCUUAUUGGACUUCCUGAAAGGGGACGCAGGGAAGAUGCUUCGUCUGCCUCAGCUGGUUGACAUGUCCUCUCAGAUUGCUGCGGGCAUGGCGUACGUGGAGAGGAUGAACUACGUCCACAGGGAUCUGCGCGCAGCCAACAUCCUGGUGGGAGAAAACCUGGUGUGUAAAGUGGCCGACUUUGGUCUGGCAAGACUCAUCGAAGACAACGAGUACACAGCGAGACAAGGAGCUAAGUUCCCAAUCAAAUGGACGGCACCAGAGGCAGCACUGUACGGUCGCUUCACCAUCAAGUCGGACGUCUGGUCCUUUGGUGUGCUUCUCACAGAGCUGGCCACUAAAGGCAGAGUCCCCUAUCCAGGCAUGGUGAACCGCGAGGUGCUGGACCAGGUGGAGCGCGGCUACAGGAUGCCCUGCCCGGCAGAGUGUCCCAGCUCCCUGCACGAGCUCAUGCUCUCCUGCUGGAGGAAGGACCCGGAGGAGAGGCCCACGUUUGAGUACCUGCAGGGCUUCCUAGAGGACUACUUCACCUCCACAGAACCCCAGUAUCAGCCAGGGGAGAACCUAUAGAACCACACACUGAACCGAACCCGAGGGGGGGAGUGGAGAACCUCCACACAGAACGAUCUGCACUAACCGACCUCAGAGGAACGCCUGUGAGAGGAUCCCAGCCUGUGAAACUCAGCUGGGAGGAACUUCAGAUUCUUCUGUGGAAGCAAAACCGAGAGAAGCACUGACAGAAAAAUCCCCUCCGUGCUGCCGCAGAAGAACCCGGAGAACCUCCUCCCUGAAAGCACUCACUGUUUACUCUAGGUUCUCCUGUAGCUGUAAGAGGAGAACUCCUGCUGGACAAAAAGCUCUGAUUCGAUUUGAGGGACUACUCUUGCGGUUACGUGUUUUUCUUUUUUUUGAAAGGUGCCACUGAAGUGGGAGGAACCGACUCAGGGCGGAGCAAGAGAGAAGGCCAAGGGAGGAUAUUUGUGCCGAGCCUGAGCUGUUUAACGACACCUCCCUCUUCUGCUCUUCUGUCGCGUCUGCUCACCCCGGUCCGGUCCCGUCCCCCCCCCACAGAAGAGCACUGCCGCUGAGGCUCAGGUGCCAAAGGAAAGUCAGUCUCUCUCAAAACGUCCCUUAUCUCCUUUCUGCCUCUCUCUAUUUCUGUCUGACUUUCAGUAUCUCUCUCCAGUUUUUCUCAAGUGCUGCUUCUUCAAAGUGUCUCCAAAUAACUCCUGGAACUCUUCUUUGCAUCUUUUAUUUAUGUUUCCUCGGAUAAUAAACGUCCUGGUUUCACGUGUGGGUCGGUAGCAGAUUCAAGUUCCUGUUUUCUCUUUAUUUUCCUCCGAUUGUGAACGGAGGAGUUUGUUAGAAUCAAUAUCGCGGUGGUUCCAGGAUACAUUUACCACUACAGGCAGGUGCUGUUACGCUGGAAAUUGGUUUCAAUUUCAAUAAAACUUUGGGUCUUUAUCUCUCGUUUACUCCAUGUUUUUCUUGACACGUGCUGAACAGGCGUUCCAGCCUCCUGGAUCCAAACCACGGCGACGAUUCAAAUCCAUUUAGCGUUUGAAUGCUUGUCGUUGAUUGAUCUUGAUUUAACUGGAAAGUUUCCCUGAAAAUAAUGGGCACUGCUGUAUCGGCGGUGCAGAGCGGUUUUUAACAGAUACCAGCUCAUUUCCUCGGAGGCGUAAAUCGGCCGUGAAACAUUCAUGUGACCCACAAAGACGCCGACUCGGCCACCGAAAAAAAACGAUUCCUAUUAUUAGAUUCGGCUCAAGACGGGAAGACCCUGAGAGUGCGAGUCUGCUGAGUUCUGUGCCAAACGAAUCGCAUUUCUUUACUGCUGUCCAUGUAUAUACUGUUUUACUAUCAACUGGCUCAUUUGGGUUUUUAAACUUUGCACCAUUUCCCCCGGGACGCGUUGUGUGCGUGAGCAGACAGGACGGAUCAACCUGACACUGUUUGCUGAAGGUCUUUAUUCACUUCCCAGCUGUUACGACCAUAAACAAAUAUGCAACCAGGCUGCCCCCAAUGAAACUGUAAAACUUUAAUCAGGUAACCCUAAUAAAAAACUGUGUUUAUGACUUGCUAUGAGAGGUGAUUUGAGACCAGUUAGCAUGCUUUUGUGCCGUUUUAUUCUCUUUGACCACUGGCUGGGUUUGUAUUUAUGCUGUAAUGUACAUCUACAUGUGUAUGUUUCCUUUGAACUCGAGGUCCAGGUGAGGUGAGGGGAUCAUAUAUACAGACUUAGGAACCUUUUUUGCCAUCAACUUCCGAUUUUAAUUUUGUAUUGCUAUCCACUGCUGCCAGUUCUCACUCAUACUGUACAUAUACUGUAGCUCUUUAAGGUUGAUUUUCAUUCAUGUUCGCCACUUUCAAAUGGCAGGUAUUUAUGUUGAGUGUCACACAUUUCAUGGUGGUUUGGAUUCUAUGACGUAGUUGAUGCAGAAACAGUAGAUCUGAUUAUAGAUUAAUACCAACGAAUAAUAUAAAGACACAAAACACGAGUCAUGCAGCAAUAAGAGAGAGAGGAUGGCCCACGUGCAGCAACCCCCCCCCCCAGAAUCGAUGAUGAAAGACGACGGCCAUUAAUCAGUAACGUGUUUGACUCUGAAGCCACGAGGACAAAGUGAGUUUGGGCUGUUGUACGAGAUGAAAAAUGAAGUCAAAGAUGUAAAUAGUAUCUAGAAAUGACUGUGACGAUCAUGUAAUUUGUUUUUGUACAGUUCUUCUUUACGUGCACCUGCACUCUGACGUUUUUACAGUGACGCACACGCCUGCUCCCAAAACAGUCUCAUAAAGAUAAGACGCGACUGGAAAUGAGGCUUAUGGAAUGUUUCAUUUAAUUUUUUUCAAUUAUUGGACUUAAUAAUAUAAAAUCAUACUCUGUUUGAAAUCUGUAUCUGCAAAAAGACAAUUUAAAAAAUUGGGUUCGACACAUGUUUCUAAAAUAAUAAGUGUUUUCCUCUUUUGAAUUGGGAACCCCCCCCCCCCCCCCCCCCCGUUUGUUCCAAAGCACUGAACCUCCUGUAAGUCACUGGGACGAAGUGGACGGGCUCAUGACAAGUAUGAGUAGCCAAGGUCUGAUUGUGCCAUAUUUAAAUGUCUCGGCCUUUCUUUGUUUUGUUCAUUUUUUUAUAAAUCUAUGCAGUUUGGUCUGAUCUUGCAAUUUUAUGGCCAUUUUGUUCUUAAGUAAAAAAAAACAAUCUUAAACCGAAGGUGUGAGCAUUUUGUAAGAACUUGUCUUUUUUUUUGUUUUUUCUGAUGUAACGGGAUUGAAAUGGGUAUCGUGCCACUCUAUGUUGAUCUUAUGUUGUGCAAUAAAUUAUAUUUCAAAUGUG